GUUUGAGUGCAGACCGCAGGGCAGUAACAGAAGGCGUCUUCCCCAGAGUCACUAUAGAAGUCCUGCACACAACUAUUUGGGACAGCUGUGAACUACACGCGCUUACAUUCUGAGCUCGGUGUGAACAUGCGGGGCAAGUUGUUUUGCGAAGUCAAAAACUUUCUCUGAACUACUUGAAACUUUUUUCCAAGGCGUUUUGCAUCGGGCCGUCCGCAAGUUUUCAACUCCAGGACCCCUCCGGAUCCAAGGACCAAUCAAUCUGAGCUGGAACUAGAAGUAAACAUCGUCGACAGUGUCUCGAGCUUGCAUGGAGUCAGGUCUGGGUGCCUUCUGAGUUAGAUGCGCCAGGCGACUGUGAAACAGGUGGGAUCUUUCACGUGUUAUACGGGAUCCUUAGGUAAGGGUUAUGGUUAAGGGUAGGGGUUAAGGUUAGGGUAUGAACGUCCCAAGGACUCUGGAUAGCACUGACCGAUCUUUCAGAAGUAAACGCAUUCCAGCACGAUGUGAAGUUGAUGGAGCAAAAUCAACAAGGAGAGAGAAUCUCGUGAUCUGGUGAUCAGUAGCGACACCAACCAUGGGCAGCAAGACUCUUCCAGCCCCGGUUCCCCUCCACCCCUCCCUGCAGCUCGCCAACUACUCCUUCCUCCAGACCUCCAAUGGCUUCCAGCUUCCCACGGACCAGGUCCCUGGCAUCUAUAGCUUCAGCGCCCUGCAUGCCAUCCACCUCCAUCAGUGGACCCUGGGCUACCCUCCCUUCGCUCUUCCCCGCUGCACUUUCUCCAAGCUCCCAGCUCUGAUGGACGGCCGCUUCCCCGGCAUACCUUCCAUCCCCAUCUUUCCCCACCUGGUCCAGUCCAAGGACCAGGCCGCUGUGGCCAAUGCCGCAGCUACCGCCAUGGGUCUCUUCCAGGGCUCCAAGAACAAGCCUCAGCCACGCUUCGACUUCGCCAACUUGGCUGCCGCCGCCACCCAGGAAGACCCACUGAAGGCGGAAGACUUGAGCAUAAUGGGGGCAGUCGCCACCACUUCCCCUCGCCAUGGCGGGCUAGGCUGUCUCAUGGACAUAGCCAAGCUGUCAUCACCCGAGCGCAAGCCCAGCCGCGGCCGCCUGCCCUCCAAGACCAAGAAGGAGUUUGUGUGCAAGUUCUGCGGCCGCCACUUCACUAAGUCCUACAACCUGCUUAUCCAUGAGCGGACGCACACGGACGAGAGGCCAUACACCUGCGACAUCUGCCACAAGGCCUUCCGGAGGCAGGACCACCUCCGAGACCAUAGGUACAUCCAUUCCAAGGAGAAACCUUUCAAGUGCCAGGAGUGUGGAAAGGGAUUUUGUCAGUCCAGAACUCUAGCCGUCCACAAAACGUUGCACAUGCAGGUCAAGGAACUAAAGCCAUCCAAGAUUAAGUGAUAUCAAUAACUAAAAAAGAGGAAUAGGGGACACUGGAAAGAAUAAAAGCAAAGACAUUUUUUAAAGCAAAUUUAGGCAUUUAGCAGACGCUCAUAUCCAGAGUGAUUUACAGGAGGAAUUAGGUUUAAGUGCCUUGCUCAAGGGCACAUGAACAGAUUUUUAACAUAGAACAUCUCUGAACUUGAACUGAACUGAAGUUUUCUGACUGAAAAAGUGAAAUGUUCACCAACAUUUCACACCAGCCUCUUGAGCUCAUCGUGGGGAACGAUUCUUCAGAGAUUUGAAAAUCCUGGAUCUCUAUGAUGUAUCCAGACAAUUUCCAGGAGCACCUUGGACUAUAACUAAGUUGUUUUUCCAAGUUUAGUUAAGAGAGAAUUGGACUAAAGGACUUAGAGGCUGUGUAUUGGUUGGGCAUGAUGAAACCCAGUGGUGCGAAUGGAUCAUACAUCAUGGAUGUAUGGAAUGUGAUCCAGAUCUUUCUGACAAAUUUGACCUCUCAGACAUUCCGAGAGACUCACAUUUUUUAAGGGACAUUUACGUGUCUAACGCAGUCUUUGUAAAAUUUGCUCAUUUGGUUAAAGCCAUGUCAGCAUAACUAACUGCCUUAUUCCUAUUUCGAAGCUCACAUUCCAAUGUUAUUUUUGUACAGAUAUCUUUUUGUAUAAUUGUAUUUUUGCACUUUAACCUGAUUAUUGAUUAUUUACAUAUAUCACUGGAUUCCUUAAACUUAUUUUCUAAAAAUAAAUAGUCAUUUUCUAAACAAAAUAAAUAUUGUAUAAUUUA